AUGUUUUCAACUCUGGUGGAUUUUUUUCGAGAGCAGAUAUUCACGUUAAAAGAAGGCAGUUAUCCGUUUUGGCUUAUGUAUCGUGGAUAUGUGAGUCCAUUAGGAUCCCUUUUACACGCAAGGAUGCUUCGAAAAGCAAAAGAACAAUUUCCGAAAGGACAUCGGAAACUGACUACAACAACAUAUUCCGGUGUCGUUGUCACAAUCGUCAGCUUUGCAUACGACAAUUACGCAUAUAUUGUGCGCAAAAAUAUGGACGUCAACCAGUGUUUGAUUGUUGAUUGUGGUGAUGGAGAGAUUAUAAUCGAUAUAUUGAAAGAAUUUCAAUGGGAUCCUAUCGCUGUUCUCACAACUCACAAACACUGGGACCAUUGUUAUGGUAAUGCGGCCCUUAAAGUUGCUUAUCCGAAUGCUUGCUUUAUUGGUGGAAAAGUUGAUCGACCCAGCAUUUGUACAAGGUUAGUAAGCGACGGAGAAGAACUCGAUCUAGCCGGUAUCCUUAUUAAAGUUCACGAGGUAUUCGGACAUACUUUGGGACAUGUUGUUUAUGAGAUUAAUCAAGCAACCACUUCUACUGAUCCACCGAUUAUUUUUACAGGGGAUACAAUCUUUGUUGCUGGAAUAGGUAAAACUUUUGAAGGCACCAAUGAACAAAUGGUUGCCUCUCUCGAUCAAUUUAAAAACAAAUUUUGCCUUGGUACGAUCCUUUUUUCCUGGUCA